GCCGGGCGGGCUAAUCCUGUAUGUAAAUGGCAGCCAAUGGAGGGUGGUGUUGCGCGGGGCUGGGAUUAGGGCCGGGGCGAAUGGCUGGCAAUCUUACUGGGAUUACAGAACAAAGAGCCUCCCUGCGCUCCCGCUCUCGGCUCCGCGCCCCGCGCCGCGCCCCGCCCUCCGCCGCAGCCCGCGCCGGGGGUGGGGGCCGCCGAGCGCCAGCCCCCCGGCCGGCCCGAGAGCCCCCGCCGCGGCCCCGCCCCGCCCCGCGCCCCGCGCCCCGCGCUCCCCCGCCCGCCCCUCCGCCGCGCCUCCCGCCCGCCCGCGCCUCCCUCUGCCUCUCCUUCCCUCAUUCUCCCGGAUUAAUUAAGGAGGCAGCGGCAGGAGGCUGAGUCCUGGCCGCGGGCCGGGGCCGGGGCCGGGGCGCCGCUGGCAGGAGCGCUUGGGGAUCCUCCAAGGUGACCAUGGCCUUGCUGGGGAAGCGCUGCGACAUCCCCACCAACGGCUGUGGCUCUGACCGCUGGAACUCUGCCUUCGCCCGAAAAGACGAGAUCAUCACCAGCCUCGUGUCUGCCUUAGAUUCCAUGUGCUCAGCACUCUCCAAGCUGAACGCAGAAGUGGCCUGUGUUGCUGUGCAUGAUGAGAGCGCCUUCGUGGUGGGCACCGAGAAGGGGAGGCUGUUCCUGCACACACGGAAGGAGCUGCAGUCAGACUUCCUCAGGUUCUGCCGAGGGUCCCCGUGGAAGGAGCCAGAGGCAGAGCACCUCAAGAAGGUGCCGCGGGGUGAGGGUGGCAGCCGGCACAUCCCACGAUCUUCCCUGGAACAUGGCUCGGACGUGUACCUUCUGCGGAAGAUGGUAGAGGAGGUGUUUGAUGUUCUUUAUAGCGAGGCCCUGGGAAGGGCCAGCGUGGUGCCACUGCCCUACGAGAGGCUGCUCAGGGAGCCAGGGCUGCUGGCUGUGCAGGGACUGCCCGAGGGCCUGUCCUUCCGGAGGCCGGCUGAGUAUGACCCCAAGGCCCUCAUGGCCAUCUUGGAGCACAGCCACCGUAUCCGCUUCAAGCUCAAGAGGCCGCUUGAGGAUGGCGGGCGGGACUCCAAGGCCCUGGUGGAGCUGAACGGCAUCUCCCUGAUAGCCAAGGGGUCUCGGGACUGCAGCCUGCAUGGCCCAGGGCCCAAGGGGGUGCCCCAGGACCUGCCUGCUACCGCCACCUCGUCCGUAGCCAGCUUCCUGUAUAGCACUGCACUCCCCAACCACACCAUGAGAGAACUCAAGCAGGAGGCGCCCGCCUGUUCGCUUGCCCCCAGUGACCUGGGCCUCAGCCGACCUGGGCCUGAGCCCAAGGCCCCCAGUGCCCAGGACUUCCCUGACUGCUGUGGACAGAAGCCCACGGGGCCUAGUGGUCCUCUCAUUCAGAACGUCCAUGCCUCUAAGCGUAUUCUCUUCUCCAUUGUCCAUGACAAGUCAGAGAAGUGGGACGCCUUCAUAAAGGAAACCGAGGACAUCAACACCCUUCGGGAGUGUGUGCAGAUCCUGUUUAACAGCAGAUAUGCGGAAGCCCUGGGCCUGGACCACAUGGUCCCCGUCCCCUACAGGAAGAUCGCCUGUGACCCGGAGGCUGUGGAAAUCGUGGGCAUCCCAGAUAAGAUCCCCUUCAAGCGCCCCUGCACCUACGGGGUCCCCAAGCUGAAGCGGAUCCUGGAGGAGAGACACAGCAUCCACUUUGUUAUUAAGAGGAUGUUUGAUGAGCGAAUUUUCACAGGGAAUAAGUUUACCAAAGACCCCACGAAGCUGGAGCCAGCUAGCCCACCAGAGGACACCUCUGCAGAGAUCUCCCGCGCUGCCAUCCUCGACCUGGCCGGGACUGCUCGGUCAGACAAGAGUGGUGCCUCUGAGGACUGUGGGCCAGGAACCUCCAGGGAGCUGGGUGGGCUGAGGCCCAUCAAAAUUGAGCCAGAGGAUCUGGAUAUCAUUCAGGUCACUGUCCCAGACCCUUCGCCAACCUCUGAGGAAAUGACAGACUCGAUACCCGGGCAUCUGCCCUCGGAAGAUUCUGGUUAUGGGAUGGAAAUGAUGACUGAUAAAGGCCCCAGCGAGGACCCGCGGCCGGAGGAGAGGCCCGUGGAGGACAGCCACGGUGAUGUGAUCCGGCCACUGCGGAAGCAGGUAGAGCUGCUCUUCAACACACAAUACGCCAAGGCCAUUGGCACCUCGGAGCCCGUCAAGGUGCCCUACUCCAAGUUCCUGAUGUACCCAGACGAGCUCUUUGUGGUGGGGCUGCCUGAAGGCAUCUCCCUCCGCAGGCCCAACUGCUUUGGGAUCGCCAAGCUCCGGAAGAUCCUGGAGGCCAGCAACAGCAUCCAGUUCGUCAUCAAGAGGCCUGAGCUGCUCACCGAGGGAGUCAAAGAGCCCAUCAUGGAGAGCCAAGAGAGGGAUUCCGGGGACCCUCUUGUGGACAAGAGCCUGAAGAGACAGGGCUUUCAAGAAAAUUACGACGCCAGACUCUCACGAAUCGACAUCGCCAACACGCUGAGGGAGCAAGUCCAGGAUCUGUUCAAUAAGAAAUACGGGGAAGCCUUGGGUAUCAAGUACCCAGUCCAGGUCCCCUACAAGCGGAUCAAGAGUAACCCCGGCUCAGUAAUCAUCGAGGGGCUGCCCCCAGGCAUCCCAUUCCGAAAGCCCUGCACCUUUGGCUCCCAGAACCUGGAAAGGAUCCUUGCAGUGGCUGACAAGAUCAAGUUCACGGUCACCAGGCCUUUUCAAGGACUCAUCCCAAAGCCUGAUGCCUGUCUGUGCUGUUCAUGAUCAUGAUUGUUAUAGCAUACAGCCAUCAACCUGAGCUGCAGACCUCAAGGAGGUGGAGAAAGACCCUAGCUGUUCAGGGCUCUCGUGCUUGCCCCAGGAGAGGGCUGCGGAGCCACCCCAGGCAUCACCCCAAGCCAACUGGCUAAAAGUUGUGUACGUCUCAUGGCUGUGCUUUAAUAAGCUUGGUUGCUUUCUUUCCCCAGGCAAAAUUCAGUUAAUCCUCAGGCUAAGAGCAGAUUAGAAACAGCAAGAUGUGAGCCAGCAGGCAGACAAUGGUGAGAGAAUGAGCAGGAGGUGGGGGGGGAAUGCCAGCAGGAUGGGCCUAGCCCCCAAGAGCGUCGCUGCCCAGGGGCAUUGGGGUACAGGCCACUGCUGCAGAGAUAGGCUUGGCCACACUUUCUGAACAGGCAGAUCCUGAGGGUGACCUCCCCUGCUCCCCCACCAUGUGCUUCAUAAGAAAGGGUUACUUGAUGGGUUUUAGAAAAUGUCCUACCCCAAAUUGGUAAAACAAGGCACAUAAAAACCAGGGGACUGAAGAGGAAACUUCCAUUGUCUGGAAGACUCUCAUGUACAGUUUAGUUUCCUGAGACGAGAGGAUAAGUGAAACAUGGAUGCGGUAAUAACAUCAACAACUUGACUGAUGGCAUGAGACCUUAAUUUUUCAGUAUGUGAUGUUGGAUCCUCCCAAAAGGCCCGGAUUCCCAUUUGAGGAAUAUGGAAACUGAGACCCAGAGAGGCUGAGUGACUUUCCAAGCACCACAUAGCAUUAGGGUUAGAAUCAAAAUUACCUUGCAGUCUACUGAGCCAGGGACCUUCCCUGUCACUAGCCCUGGGAACCCCCUUCCUCACCACUGCAGACAGGCAUUUGAGCUGGUACAUUGCAGGCGCAUGCACAUACACACACACACACACACACACACACACUCUGCACUGAGCCCUGACUAUAUGACAUUUCCAAAUGAAGAACAUUCUGAAACUUUUGCAACCCCUGGUGUCCUUCACAGCCAGCUGGGGAACUCAGGCAGGUCUCUCCAGAGUAGAUUUGCUAACUCAGGGCUCAGAGCAAUAAAACUAGCCCUUAGGCCAUGCCCUGGCUGGUACCUCCCUGUUGGGGGUCUUGGGAAGACCGUUGGGUUUACAGUGGAGGCCCCCAGGGUCCCCUACCCGCCACAUUCUCUGAGGCAGUUUCCUGAUCUUGUUUUGCCCAUGAGCAGACCAGCCUCAGAAGUAACUUUUACUGGGGCUGCCCUGUGCCACCCCAGGCUAGGGCAGCUGCUGCCCACAGCCAUCCCUACGAAGCUCCUGGGUGACCAGCAGGUCUGGCCACCCCCUCUCCAGAUGGUGGAGAACCUACCCUGACCUGUUUCAUUCAAAAAUGUGUCCCUUAAGGAAAAUGGGAUUAUCUUCCUCCAAAUUAAAUAAAAACCAAGAGGGGGAAGCCGAGUGGCGUCCUUCCUGAGGCCUGAUGCUGUGCCGUGAGAAUUCAGUGAUCUGCGUGCAGCGGGCCUGGCGCGGCCUGGAUGUAGGAGGUGCGUACUUCUCAGCAGCAGUGUGGUUACUCUUGGCAUUACUGAUAGGUCACCCACCCCAUGCUCCAGAGGUGUCCGGAGACACCAGCAAGGGCUCCCAGCCCAUGUCCCACUUCUCUGAAUUUAACUGCUCCACCAUGUCUGGCUUAUCUUACUAGGACCCAAGCAGGCUGCUGUUGCCUGCCCCAUGGUGUCACUCCUCCCUGACUGCAGCCUCGUUUAGGGGUGCUCUCCCCCGAGACCGGGCAGGACUUGGAAGGAGAGGGGAAGUUUCCACAUCCACUAAUGUGUGUUGAGCACCUGCGGGAUCCCUGAAGCCCUGCCAUCCAGAUGAAGCUGCCUCCCACAGACCCUUGGGUGGUGCGGCUGUCACCUCCUCUGGGAAGCCCUCCCUGUUUCCUGGCUGGGUUGGGGGGCCCUGCACUGACAGUCAUCAAGCCCGGUGGAUCCCCAGUUGUUUCUUGCAGUCCCCUGCCUCAGACUAGGACUGUUUGUUUUCUGUGCUCUGUGAAAAGCCCAGGGGCAGCACCACACCCAGGUGGAAUGAUGCUCAUGAAAUAUUUAUCUAAAUAUCAUAUCAAGACAGCAGAAAUGCUGAGAGGUGACAUCAAAUGACCCAUGCGUGGCAGAGCCAUCCCAAGCCCAGCUUUCUGACUCCCAGGUUCUGUGCCCUUCUGGGGCCUGGUGUUGCCUCUCCCAAGGGAAGGGCUCAGUGAGCUCAGGCUGGCCCUGUCUAGAUGGCUGAGUAGGAGUGAGCCACACACACACUCCCAGACACACCCAUAUGCACAGGAGACUUUGUCUGGCAACCCGGCCACCUCAGCUUAGUGGGCUUUGAAGGGCUGUCCCCACAGCUUGCAGUCCAGCAGGCUUCGCCAAAUACUGACUUUGUCAGCCAUGCCCUAGGGUCAGACUGAGAAUUCCUGGCACUUAGUAGCUGUGUGACCUUGGGCAAAUUACUUA